CGUGACGUCGAUGCAAAGUCUAUUAGCGCGUGGUCCCGCGAAGAACCAGCACCGCCACGAUCUACUUGCACAACAAGGUCGUGCUGCACGAGGACCCGGCGGCACAGCAGGUAGUGUACUAACGUCGUCUUCAAAUGACGAGGCAGGCUGUUCCUCAGACUAUCAUGCGGAGGUGGACCACGAGGACGAGCACGACCUAGAGCGCUGCGAGGACGAACUUCAGAUGAAGCAGCAGGAGAUCAUACGAAGCCGUGGUGGGUCGACGUCGUUCUUCACGUCCAACGCAGAUAGUACAAAAAGUCCUUCGCGAGGACGGCGGGCAGCAGGAGAAGUUGGAACAGUAUCAACUUCUUCGUUUCUGCAGCCGAAAUCAACAACAUUGGGAAAAAGAAGUGGAACGCCUCCAAGAAAAGGCGUGGCCGUAGAGCACGACAAUCAGCCAGCUGCUCAUCAUCUCCAGCACCAUUCAUCUGCCGGCUCGUCCGAACAAAGCAUGUUCACCAGCACCGCGACUGGCCCCGCUAGUACUACCUGUAGGACAAACAGUAGCAAGUCGCCGAGCCUGUGCGAGGUAGACCCGUAUAAAAAAGACAGUCUGGAACACCUCCGCGGGGUAGAUGACCGGCACGGAGGCAUUCUGUGCGGAAGUGGAAGUGGAGAUGUAGAUGUACUGCACAUACAGGGGGACGAAAACAAACUGCAUCUUCAAGGCCGCCCAGCAGGAGCUAUCAACCUCGUACAUCUACAUGCGAUGAACAAAGGAAAGGACGCUGCUUCUACAGCUGUUGAGCACCAGCCGGACUACACAAGAACUUCUACAGGCGGCGAAAAACAAGAAAGCAUACGCCCCAGCAUCAGCGUUUGGCGGCGAGGGACAACUCGAGCCUGCGAGCGGUGCUACGUAUUUCUUUGGCACUCCUUCUGGUCGUGUGUGGCGAGCCGGCGGAACAGGGGGCGCGGUGCUAGCAGCAUCCACGUGGCCCCGCUUUCGUCCGAAGAUGAGGGACAGUUAACUCCGAG